AUUCAUAGUCGAUGCUCAAGGUUGCAUCGUGGCUCAAGUAAGAUUUGACGAAAUAUUAGUUGUAUUUCUUUCACACCUAGGAAGAACUCCGGAACAGCUCCGGGGCGUUACUCGCUUAUUCCUUUCGGAAAGUUUUUGUUGCAUACCGGGCUAAACGCUAUAGCGCUGGAAAUUUUAAUAAACGAACGCGAAUGAGCCUGCACCGAGCAUAAUUUUUAGAUAAACGAACGGUAAAUUCAAGCUCGGAGAACUUAGAUUAAAAUACCGAACGCACGGUUAGUACGAAGCUGCCUAGAAACAGUGCAGAGUAGAGUAGUAGUCGAAUACCUCCUGUGGCCCGUGCCAGUUUGUUCACUAGUUCCUGUUCUGUAAAUGAUGCAAAAGAAUAUGAUUCGAAAUCGCCUUGCCCUUAUGCCCUAACCAACUGUCAUAACAACGCAUAACAUAAGUCGAUUAAAGGCGAUUAACCAGUCGGUUAUAUUGACAGAUAAACAAUGCAUUUAACGUCAUUUAAUACCAAUUGGUUGACAAAUGACGUUUGCUCCAUUGAUUAUCUGUCAACUAUGACCGACCGGUUAAUCGCCUUUAAUCGAUGAUAAACAACAUACGACAUAACCUCAAUUGCCAGUCGGCCAGCCAUUUCCACGAUUUCAAAUUUGAUUUAAAAAAUCAUUAUCAUGUCCAUCUCAAUCCUCGAAAAUAAUAGUAAAUCCCCAACUCAUAUUGCCACUGACUGGAACUUUUUCCUGAACGAAGUCCUAACAGAACGUGUCCAAAUCACACCCUACUAUGACAAAGAAGACUGGAAAAUCGGAGAAAUUUAUUCUAUGAGAGUGAGCCACAUUUAUGAUCCAUCACAUUUUUGGGUGGUCACCAAACACCUGGAAAUGGAUUUGCUGCACAGAUAUUUGAAUGAUUUUUAUUCGAAACAUAACAACCAUUAUAAACUUCCCGAAGAAAAUUUGAAGUUGAAUCUAUAUUGUGUUGUUUAUACUGAAGGGGCAUAUUAUAGAGGGAUUUUGGUAAAGAUACCCUAUAUGAUGAAAAAUAAAACUUGGGUUUUCGUUUAUUUGCUGGAUUUUGGUUUUAUGUCAAAGGUUUUGCCUGAUAACAUUUAUUUUAUGACAAAAGACAUGUAUUCCGUGAAGCACUUUGCCAUUAGAGCAUGUUUAGCAGGCAUUGGCCCAUUGGGAACAAACAAAUGGACCAGUGAAGCGGUAAUCAAGUUUACCGAAAUAAUAACUAAUAAAGUUGUCUACGGCCAAGUUAUUGUCAAAAAUGAUCCCCAAAAAGUUCUAUUUUUACAAGUAUGUGAAUAUAAUUCGUCAACAGAAUCCAUGGUUUCAAUAGGAGAUACUCUCGUUGAUUAUGAACUGGCCAAAAAAAUGACCAUCCUAGAGAUAAGGGAAAUGAAGCAUUCUGAAAAGAAGAAAGGUUUAAAAGAAAGUACGAAGUUAGUAUUACCGUUUAAUCUUCCCACUUUUGAGGACCUUGAAAACGGAUAUGCUGUUGAUACAAUUACUGCUGCUCGAUUUCUCGAUAAAAUAGUAAUAGUUCGCAGUGAUAGGCCAACAAGCGCUUUUCAUUCCCUUUCUAAUGAUAUACCUCUUAAGUAUGAUUGACCGACGUUUCUGCUCCAAAAAGUUAUGAAAAGUGAUUUUUACCAAAAUCUUACCUUAAUUCGGCCCUAGUUAUGAACCUGUAUUUAAUAAACUAAAAGGAAUUUGGCAACAUUGUGAAAAAGUCUUGAAUGGGCAUCAAAAAAGGCAACUUUUUCUAAUUCAACCGACCUUGUAGCUCUUACUGUUUCGGAUAUAGCAAUAGUGGUAUCACUUAAAAUAUACACCCUGUAUAGUAGGUAUCAACUAUACGGUGUGAAUUACAUGUUUAAGUUUCGCGGUUGCUGAAAAAGUGUUUAUUAAAUGAAAAUAAGAAAAUGAUGAGGGCCAGGGUGGCUUUUCUAAACAACUAGGUACCCCAAAAGUUUUCUUUUAGAGUUUUUCUGGUUCUCGCGACUUCACGUAAAUCGGUAGUUUUUCGGAAAAAUACCAACAAAGUUAAAGAGCCCAGAAUUUCCUAUAGUUUUUUAGUUGAAAGCGAAACUUUAACAAGUACUAUAACUCACAACCUAUUUUUAUAUAGAAAUUAAUACCUACUAUUUAAGGUAUUGACGAGGUAGAUAGGAAGAAAUAAAAAUUCAAAAUACGACAUACAGCAACUCAUUUGUUUUCUUAUUUUUUUCAUUAAUGUAGGUGCCUAUAUUAUGUUAGUAACAGAUCCCGAAGAGUCGUCAAAUCAGAGUGACAUAUCCAUGCCUACCUAAUUAUAUUCAACAUCCUCUAUCAUUACUUAUCCUAUAUAAUUACAAGUAUAGCAACUUUAAUAAUUUGACUAUAUCAAUCAUGUAUCCUAGUCUCAGUAGAAAUAGUCUCAUCCUUAUUAAAAAAAGCUCAACACAGUGAAAUUGAAGACUUUGGUUUGAGUAAUUAUUAAAAAAAAACAAACAAAUCAACAUGUUACAGCUAUUUUUCGAAUAUUCUCUGAUGAAUUUAUGGAGGACUUUCACAAUUCACUGUAUUAUACAGUUUUACUGAACUGGACUUGAUUGCCAAAUUUUGACAAAUGUGUCUAAAUAGCUUUUGAAGUGGUUCAACCAACCAUCCAGCGACCAAAAACAGCUCCUCAACCAAAAACAACAACUAGAAGCUGACCAGAAACAAUACAACAUGAUGGACGAUUUUGCCAAAUAUUCAAAGAUCCAGCGCAAAAUUAACGCAGUUGAUCAGCAACUUAAAGAAACUAGAGAGCAAAGAAACACAAUUUCCUUACAAAUGUUGGCCAAAUAUGGACCUCAAGCCCUUUGCACACUAUUGCUGUUAUUGUUAACAAUAUAUUACAGACGUACUCAUUUAUUUAAACUACCAGAUUAUAUAGAUUUAGCUCCAUUUAACUAUAUUAUUUCAUUUCCGAAUGAGAAAAAUUAUGUAUCUUUUCAUUUUUGGAUUAUGAGUUGUAAUGUUGUAGCAAGAACAAUAAAAUUGCAUUAAUAAAUAAUAAAUUUAUUUAUUUUUAAAUGAAAAAAAUAACAUUCUAUUUUUGUUAAAAAAUAACUUAUAAUUCAAUGCUUAUGAUGUUGCAAUGUUUCAGCAUGUUGCUUCAAAAGCAUCUUUAAAGCAAUAACAUUCUCAACAUCGCUUGCUUGUGGCUUGUAGGUUGAAAAAGGUACAGCCAACGUGCGACUUCUAUUUUCUUGACAAUAUAAACAGUUCAUGUGCACUUUGGGUCUUUGUUGUGGAAACUUGCCACCCAACUGAACCGUAACCAAACAAGCAUAAUUUUCAAAAGCCUUAUCUUCAUAAAUAAAGGCAACUUUAUAAAAUUUUGUAGCAUCAUAUUCAGCAACAUUAUUUGAAAAAGUAUCGACAAUGUUUAAAACAAACAUACUCCUGGAUUUGUAACGUCUGCAAAUUUGUUUUAUUUGCAAUUCAAUAAGGUUUUGUAUGGCAUUUGCAUAAGUACAAAGAGUGUCAUCUUUUGUAAAUUUCGGUAAAUCGAGUCUUCCUAAAACUUGCUCAACCCUUGGCGAUAGUGUCAAAGCUAUUUUGGUUAAUGAAUUGUCAAGUUUCUUCAUUUGAAUGUGCAAAUGCACAAAAUCAUCGCCGGGAUUUAUAAAAUUGUCAGGGUCUUCUUGACAAUAUUCAGGCAACUUGGACAAAUCAACUGGCAAAUUAACCAAAAAAUUAACCAAAUUAUAUUCUUCUUUAUUAUUUUUGUUUGCAAUUGUUUCAACGUGCACUUCAAGCAAACCAAACUUUUUAGUCAACUCUUCAAAAGCGUUUUUAAUAUUUGCAAACUUGUUGUUUUUAAUCAACUUAUCCAAGUGGGUUUUUUUGUAGAGGCACAAAAACUCAUUUACAAUAUUCGUAAGCGAAUAAUGAUUAGUUAAGUCCCAUUUGUCCCAGCUAGGAAUCACUUUAGCAAUGUAUUCGAUGUCGGGAUUGGGCAAAAACGAGUCGUCGUUGAAAUCAAAGUCUGGCACUUCGCCCAAGUCUUCGGGAUCGAAAAUCAGGUCCCAGUUGAGAAUGCGGCCAGCGUAAGGGAUUUCUAGUAGCAAGUGGUAGGGUUUGUAGUUGUAUCUCGUUUCUAUGUACUUGUUGAUUAGGAAUCGGACGUCGGUGGGUUGGAAUUUGGAAAAU